AAUAAUCAAGCGAAACAAGGCGAAUAAAAAAAAAAAUAACAACAAAAACAAACAAUAACAACGGCAGAGACAGCGAAAAGAACGUUUAAGUGAGCAGUAGCUGCGACGGCGAAGUCAACGUCGACCGCGACUGCAGCAGCGACAGAAGGUGCAACAGAAACAACUACAAUUACAACUACCACCUACCGACUACAACAACAACAGCAGCUCAAAUAGCAACAAAAUGUCGAAAAACUUUUGAGGCAGAAAAAUGCAAGCGGCCAUGGACACGGCCACCAUGGCCAUCUCCGUGGGUGCACCCGGAUCUGGCUCGGUUUCCGGUUCCAGUUCCGGCCCGGGAAGCAGUAGUAGCAGCAGCGGCUAUGGCAGUGCCACGACCACGCCCACCGGCGCCGGUCACUACGAGGCGUCGCCCACAUCGAUGCCCAUGGCCACGAUAGCCACGGUGGCACCGUUUUACAGCGAAGCCCUGACCUCGCUGGAUGCCCAGCAGCGCCAGCAACAGCAGCAGCAACAGAAUCCGGGUCACUUUUAUCACCAGAACUACGGGUAUGGCAGUUCCAUGCCCCUGGAUCCGGCUUACAACUAUUCGGCUCCGUCCUAUAAUGCCUACAGUGCGCCACCUAGCGGUGGCUUGGGGCAACAGCUGUCCGGUAACUCGUAUGCCGUGAGUGGAAGUCGCUAUGAGAAGUUGGCGUCCAGCUCGGGAGCCAAGUACAUGGGCAACACUAUCGGAGGAAGUGCGGCGGGAGCAAAGCCCCAGGCCACGGCCACGCCUUUCUACGCCCAACCACUGUCCGGCGGAAUGAGCGGCACUGGAGGCUACAUGUCACAAUCGAGUUCCAUGUACGAUCCGUACACGAAAUACAAAAUGCCCGCCCAGGCUUCGCCUCAAACGCAACUGCCGUCGAUAAUGAUGCCGGGCAGCCAAGCAACGUCUACGGUUCCAGGUCCUUCUGCUGGCCAGCUGUACGGGCACCUGGGUAGCCAGAAGCAAUCGGUGCAGAUGGUACAGCAGCCCCAGCAGCAACCCCAACAGCAACCGCCCUCCGGGCAGCUCACCCAGCUGGAGGCCAACUAUGCGGCCAUCAAGCCAAGCAGAAGCUACCAGGGAAUGCCCUCGACGGCGCUUUACGGCGGAGGAGCUGGAGGCAAUUCCGGAUCAAUGACCAACAACCUGGCGGGGACAACCUCAGCGCAGUACUACGACAAAUACGGAAUGCCAGUGUCCAUGUACUCACCGAAUGGCGGACUCCCCAUGUACACUACGCCGGAAUUGGCGGCGGAUACGGCGUUCAGGAAAACCGGCAACUGGGCCAUGGACUACAACACGCCGAACUGCAGAUCUUUGGCGCCAGUACCGCCGGUGGCCAAUAGCUCGUACCAUCACACGCAUCCCGGGCCGGCACCAGGUUCUAGUCACGGACACGGGCCCACGGCUGCUGCUCCGAGUGAUAUGUUCUACACCUCCACGAAGUAUGACAAGUAUGGGAGUUCAGGAGUGACGGGCUACCCCAGCAAUCCCUAUGCGGGCACCGCGAUUACCCAACCCUACGCCGGGAGGAAUCUGUGGUCCGGGGCUGAGAACCCACCGCCCACCCCCAAUCCCCGACAGAACUGCUGCGUCCAGGCCUAUCCGAUGACCCAGCAGAGCUGCUACUAUCCGAGAAGCAAUGGCUACGGUUAUGCCACACCCGGCAGUGGCCCGCCCCAAACCCAGCCGCAGUACCCUGUGGGCAGUGGUGGCACUACCGCUCCGCCGCCCAUGAAGCUCAAGCAUCCGACGGAAAUGUACGUGGGCCACGGUUCCCCCUACGACACGAAUCCUACACAGCUCGGCUAUGGCUACAAUCCGCAGGCCUUGCCCGGAGCAGGGUCAUCGAAUAGCAUAAGCAGCCAAAGAUACGUGCCAGCGAGCUUGAGUCUGGGAAUGAGCAUGGGCAUGGGCAUGAGCAUGGACCCGGGCAGCGCCGGAGGCUACUACAACGAUCUCAAUCUCAACAGCCUGGACAGCUACGGGCCGCCGCAGAUGCCACCACAGCAGACGCUGCGAUCGCAGCCCUAUCCGCCGGAUUACCGAAAGAGAUCUGCCAUGGUGGCCUCCAACUCGACCAUGGCGGCGGCCAAUCCCUGUUAUUUGGGUCAGACGUCAGGCAAUGGAGUGCCACUGGGUGGGCCUAUCACCAAUCCCAUGGACAGUCAUGUGGUGGACAACUACGUGGGAUAUAACCUCCAUGCCAGUGCGAGCUUUAAUGUCGAGGCCACAAAGGGAUCCUCGAAUGCCCAGUCCAACAACAUUCGGGACUUCCUCUCCACCUGGAAGGUGGACGACGAGGACGAGGCCACUGCCGUCGUCGCUGAGCUGGUGGAGGCCCCAGCCGUGGCCGUGGUGGCUCCCACAGUUCCCAGCAACCAGAACUUCAUGUACGAAUCUCUGCCGCCGACCGGGCCCCAAGCCACAGCCGUGGCCGUGGAUCACCAGGGUAUCAAUCUGCCGGACAUAAUCAUCGACAUUGGCAAGGCCAGUGUCCCCGUGGAGGACUCCUUUGGCAGCUUCGAUGUGGAGAAGGAGUUGGAUGAGCUGCGUCUCAAGACCAGUGUCUCCGAGCAGCCUGUCCACGACAGCAGUAGCGACGCUCUGGCCGAGAUCCUGCGCCAGCCCGAGGCUGCAGCUCCUCUUGUGGUGGAACCGUCGCUGCCUUCUCUGUCGAUGCCAAGUCCUAUUCUAAGCAACAACGAAGCGUUCCCCAAUCCUCCCACAACGCUCGACUUUGACCAGAACAACAGUUCCAACUCUAACGAAUCCAACUUUGCCAAGGAGUACGAGACCUUCAUACACAAAAUCGAUGGAUCGGAUAGGGAAAUCGAAGGGGCUGAUGCCCAGGAUCGGGAGAAUCCCAAGCGAUUCAAGUUCUACAAGAGAAAGCGGAGAAUCACAGAGCCUGGACAGGAGAAUCUGGAGAAGGAGCAACAGGUGGGGGAAGCCAAGAAAACCACACAAGUGGCCUCCCUUUCACCUAAAAAGUUACUCGCCAAAAAGCGACGCAAUCGCAUCAAGAUGCUGCAGAUCCUGGAGUUCGAGAGUCCAAGGAUCAAGUAUGUGCACUACUUCAAGUCCUUGAAGAGAUUGAGGAAGCGGUAUGCCUCGAGCAGGACGAGAGAACUCCGGGCAAUCCUCACAAAGAAACAGUUGACGAGGAACAAGGAACGCCGAUUGCCUCUCAGAAAGCGCCUGAUGAAGAAGUACGAGUCUGGGCCGGCAGCUGGAGUCCAUAAUCCCCAGAGCCUCAAGGGGCUGAGUGUCUCGGCACUGAACUCCUCGGAAUUCAGGAGUAGUCUGGUCACCAGAGCGAACCGAGAAACUGUCAUCAAAAGUGUCCACAGCUACAGGGACCAGACUGAUGCGGUGCAGCAUGAAGUGCACUUGGAUGAGCCGCCAAAGUCUGUGGAGCAGCAGGCUCUCUUCAGAGGAUUCGAUGAUAUGGAGAACACGAAUUUAUCGCCGAAGAUCAAGCUACGAGCAGAUGAGGAGGAUAUGACAGAAGCGGAGAAGCCCCCUGAGCCUGCAGUGGUUCCCAAGGAUGAGCAAGUCAAGGCCUGGUUGAGAAACCAGGACGCACGCAGCCAGCCUGCAGAGCCAGCCAAGACCCUGACCAGCAUAGUCCUCUCCUCAUCCUCGUCGUCAUCGUCGAGCUCUAGCUCGAGCAGCUCCAGUUCCGACAAUGAAGACUCCUCUAGUUCGAGUAGCCAGGACGGAGAAGCCUCCUCGAGCAGCAGCAGUAGCUCUAGUAGCAGCAGCAGCUCGGGAAGCUCAGUGGCCGGGGAGGAGAGCGAUUUCAACGAGCUAGCCGCCCUGGAGAAGGAGCUCUCCCAGUCCCAAAAAGACGAGCCCAAAGUAGAGACCUUGCCCAUGGAUACAACGGAAAAGGAGUCACCAUCAGUGUCGGGAACCGAACCCGAGGAGGUCUCCAACCACGAUAUUGCCAAGCUGAAGCAGAUCUUGGAGAGCGAUGGCGAGGAGGUCGCUUCGAUCUGCUCCGCCGGCGCCCGAGUACCGAAGCUAAGUGACCUUAGUAAGAUUGCCUUAAAUAGUUCCUUAAAAGCCAGAGAGUUAGUCGUAAGUCGAGACGGAGGAUCCCAAGGAUCUCCGCAAGUGAAAGAGCCCGCUCAUCGAGAACUGAGCGUGGAGGAGGCGCUGGCGGAGAUGUAUCAGCAGAUUGGAGUGGCCUCCGACCCGGAGGAUUUCGAGGGCAAGGAAGACGGUGAUGAGGGCGAUGAGCCCAAUCCCAAUGGGCAAGAUGUCCUGCUCAUCAAUCUGGCCGAGAUCUUUGACUCCAGCAGCGAUCUCUAUGUGGUGCAGUGCGACAUGAACGAGAAUAUCCUGGGCGUGGUGACCAGCGGCGACGAGGACCAAGAGAUGCCCGGCCCUGAGCAAUUGAAUCUCGUCCAGGUCAACCCCGAAGAGGAGGAGCAGGUAAACACCCUGCAGCUAAUCCAGCUGCUGGCAGAACCCCAGCCGGAAUUCGACACGCCGCUGAUCCACCACGAGGAGAUCGUCCACCCGGAGGCGGAUGAGGAUGAGAAGCGGGAUCCGCAACGGAAUCACCGCCAGUUGCUCAAAUAUCUUCACGGCAAGUAUGUCCAGAGCCGUGUCAGUCGCUACUACCAUGCCAAUCGGGUGCUGAGGAAGUACCGGCGCCAAAGGGCACGUCCUUCGCGACGAAGGCGGUCCAAAUAGGAGUGUCCAUCUACAGCUUCAACCAAAGAUAUUUCUGGUCUGGAUUACCUGGACAGGAUCAUUAAGAGGCGUGCCUAAACCGUAAAUCACAUCCACGUAGAAAUGAUUUUUACGACACACUUUAACUACAGAAUCUCAAGACUUUUUUUCUAAUAUUUGGAUUUGUUUUAGGAAACGGAAUAUAAUAAUAUAACUAACAUACAUAUAAACUACAACUAGUUGAUGUUUUAGGGAAAUCAUAAUUUUUAAAAAAUUUUUAAACGAUACUUUAAAGUUUACACUUAGUAUACCAUACAUCAUAUGAGAAUAUUUAUAUAUAUUUUUUAGAUAUCUGUGCAAUAUUUUACAUGGAAAGUGUCGUGCUUAUCUGGAAUGCGCGAAUUCGAAUCUCGAUGGGUUUUAAGCCUGAGUAAGCAGAGUUAUAAAUGGGGUUUUUUUUUUGUUGGUUUUGUUGGCCAGGUUGGGUCAAUUUUGGGAGGAACUCCAACUCGCGUGCAAUUAACGAGAUAUAUGCGAGCACAUACUUUAUCGGCUAAUGUAUCAGCGUUUUAGUCGCUCGGGCGAGUCGGGCAAUUUUAAAACGCUUUCCGCCAAAGGUCAGACCUCUGAUUGAGAUACAUUCGCGGUAAAUACUUAUAUCGAAGCUUGCGUGUCAACCUCCAGCCAGAAUGACCCCCAAUAGCUUCAUCUAAUAUACUUUACUUUAAUAUUUUAUUUACAUUUUGCCACCAAAAAAAAAAUGCAGCUUAGACCAAAAAUUAAAAGGAAAGAAAAU